AUGUCCGAGCUUUACGGACGCCUCAAGCCACUUUAUCUCGGGUAUGCCGUUUUUGUGAUUUUCCAGAUCCAAGCGGGCGUGGCCCAGAAUCUUCAGGCUACCCUGAUAUGUCGUUUCAUCAUCGGACUUUUUGGCACUUCUGCAUUGGCGGUCGUUGGUGGCGCAUUUGUCGACUUUUGGGGCCCUAUGGAUCGAGCUAUGGCCGUCUGCUUGUACGCCGCUGCUACCUUCGUUGGACCCAUAUUCGGGCCAAUCAUUGGUGGCUUUCUGGUCGAAUCUCAUCUUGGGUGGCGUUGGUCGGCGUGGAUCACCAUGAUUGCGUCCUCAUUCUGCGGUGUCAUAGCGUUCUUCAUUACACCAGAAACCAACCACCCGGUUCUCUUGCAGCGGCGUGCAGCACAGUUGCGAAAGAAAAACAACAACACGGCCUACUACUCCUCAGCUGGUGUCGCUGCUCUGCCUUUUCUGGGUGUUAUGGUGGGGAUUUUCCUUGGGGGUAUCUUCAUCACGAUCACUACCAAGACUUACUACGCCACGAAAUUACGCAGUGGUACGGUUCGGCCCGAAGAUCGUCUUCCACCUGUGAUGCCCAUGGCGGUACUUUUUCCUGCCGGCCUGUUCUGGUUUGGCUGGAGCUCGAAUCCUUCAGUACCCUGGACGGCACAAGUCGUCGCCGGGGUCCCCAUUGAGUACCGUGGGUGGAGCUUUUCCCCUCUUUGCUACAUGUACGACACACUGGGAGUGGCCUGGGCCGCAUCGCUGCUCGGAUUCCUCAGCAUAGCAAUGAUCCCGAUUCCGUUUGUAUUUUACUUUUACGGGCCCAGGAUCCGCGCUCUAAGCCAGUACACGCCCAAGUUGUAA